CUCCCCUUCUCUCCCCUCCCCUUCUCUCCCCUCCCCUUCUCUCCCCUCCCCUUUCAUCCCUGCCCCCUUUGAAAAGAUCUAUCUCGCCAGUCGAGUCACCUUAAGCUUUGCUACGUGUCCACGUUAUGAUGUAACUUCCAGCCCAAGUUUAUUAACUCAGCCGUCGCUCGGUCGCGAAGAGUCAUAGGCCAUGAGCCAUGCAGAUAUUAAUCCCCCAGCUUGCUCGGCUUCUCGCCGCUUUCUUCCCUUUCUUCUUCAUGUUACAAGCUACACAUUCCUCCACUACUCGAAAAUUUCCCUUCCUUCAACGCUCAAGACACUAUCUAAACCAGUAUCCCAUAGGCACUGUCACCCUCUACAUCAUUGCUGUUUCACCUGUACAACAUCGUGUCCGUUACUGAACUACGCCCCCGAUACCGACUGCCAACAUACUGCAAGUCGUCAUGGCAUCCAACCACGGGCAGACAAACACGAUGUCGGGGCCCAGCACCCUUUCUUUCGGCCAGGCCGUCUCCUCCGCCCGGACAAGGGCCGCGUCAACCUCUAAUAUGCCUGCAGCCAACCAUUGGCGCCGAGAUCUCCGCGGGUUGUUCCUUGCGAUGCUGAAUCUUCGCCGUGCCAACUUCCGGAAUGACAUCCAAUGGUGGAUGAUCGGUGCCGCAGCAGGACAUGUCGUCAGCAUCCCGGCGGCGAAACUUCAAGUUGUUUUCAACUGCACCAACCUUGCCACUAGAUUCCUCAGGGCCCGUGGCGACAUUGUCUGGUUGCAGGAGCUGGAAUACGCUAGGAUCUUUAUGCGGGGCGUCGAAUAUAUCGAACAACUGCUACGCGCCGUAUCCCGCAUCCUGAAAUAUGAAAAUAGAGCCAUCGCAUCCACCACUUCCAACGAGCGCCAACUUCCGAGGAUGCAGCGCACGACUCUCUGCCGGCCACACCCGUAUCCCGCGCUUCAAUCUCAUACGCAUGGGUAUAAGCUGAAAACCUACCCGAAGGGUGUAAAAAGGGAAGGGAUAUAUAAAAUAAAAACGGGAAUGAAAGGGAGACUGUUGCGUACAACCUAGACGCCCCCAUUCUACGACUUGCGGAUGUAGGCUUAUAAUACCAACGGCUGAUUCUGUACGUGACAGAUACCUAUUAUAGGGGAGCUGGGAGUUCACUACUAAGCAGAGCCUAUUACGCGGUAAAAGCAUAGGGUCCUUAGUGCAUUACAAUUAACUUGUCGAAGCACCGUAG